AUGCGUACACUUCUAGACGCGGGCUGUGAGUCGAAUUCGGAACUCAGCAGGGAACCAGAAAACUCGACCGGAUCGCAUAUUAAUUACCAACUUGACUAUGAACUCGCCGAGCAGUCACCCUACAGAUUUUCAGGAGAUCUUUCCUUUUCUGUAGCCUCGAAUCAAUUGACUACCGGAUGCGACAUUCCAGAACUAUCGAACACCGCGGAAUCUGAUGCAUCAUUCAAAUACAUCACCAAUCGACUGCAUAAUUGCAAGACACAUCAUGACUCGUGCCGAUUCACAAAAGAGUGGUAUCCUAGCCGAUUGAUCGCUAUUCAACAAAAGGAUGAGAAAAUCCGUCUGCGCGUGAUACAAACGGCGGAGGAGGCUGUAACGGGCCCAUACGUAACACUCAGUCACUGCUGGGGGCAAGUACAGCCACUGAGACUCACCAACCAGAAUUUUGAGGAAUUCGGCCGAAAUAUACCCAUGGCCAUGGUCCCUUCAUUGCACAAAGAUGCGGUCACGGUAGCAACGCGAUUGGGUGUUUCCUACUUGUGGAUUGACUGUCUGUGCAUUAUCCAGGAUUCGGAUGAGGACUGGCGUCGCGAAAGCUCAGUCAUGGGUUCUGUUUACGAGUACGCGCUAUUCAAUAUCGCCGCUGCAUCAGCAACGGACAGUUCGGGUCGGCUGUUCACCAUCCGCGAUUCGCAAUCAGUCAGUCCAGACGUAAUAGCCUUGCGCAUGCGCAGAGCACAGGACCAGGUGCUUUGGCACAUGGACAGAGAACUUGAUCCCUGGUCGUUUCGCAGAAGCCAGGAGUUUUGGAGAUAUCCUCUGUUCAAACGGGCUUGGGUUCUUCAGGAAACACUGUUUGCAAAUCGGGCAGUCAUCUUCACUCAGGACGAGAUCCACUUCCGUUGCGCCCAAGAAUUCAGCUCUGAGAGAAUGCCCCCUGAGCAUCCACUGCUUCAGAACACUCAAUUUUCCAACUCCACUAACAGAGAACUGGUAUCAGUGCCAUUGAUGAAGUUCACGCUACCAGAUCACUGUUUUGAAGACUGGAGGAAAAUCAGAGAACAUUAUUCCUCAACUGCAAUUGCGAGAGCCAGCGACAGGCUGAUAGCUAUAUCCGCAAUUGCUCGCCACUUUGGUAGCAUGAAGAAGCAAAGCAAAUACCAUGCUGGAAUGUGGGAUGAUCAGUUCAUUGUCGAUUUGGGCUGGCACACACUCACUCCUCAAAGGCGACCUGAUGUUUAUAUUGCCCCAACCUGGUCCUGGGCAUCUAUAUGUGGGCGAGAUUCUUCAAGAAUAAAUUACCCCCGUCUAACAUCACGACAAGGGCAGAUUCAAAUUCCCAAGGUUUUGGAGAUAUACACCAAGCCUAGCGGGCACGACGAGUUUGGUGCAAUCGACAAUGGUUGGCUCAAGAUCUGUACGCCUUUAUAUUAUAUGGGUUGUCGAAAAGGUAAAGAGGAGCUGAAAUCGGCAUUGGAGCAAAGAUAUGGAGCGGUUGGCGUACAACGUUCCUUUUUGAAUUUGUAUCCGGAUCACCAGUGGGAACAUGACAGGGCCCCGCUGAAUGUCUUUGCUUUGCCGCUCCAGAUCGAAGUCAGCAGCCAACCGGUUUUGGAAGCGCAUUUAUUGUUGCUUGUCGCCCUGACUCCCGCUGAGAAUGUGUAUAAGCGCAUAGGUCUUUGCUACUUCUGUAUCUUGUUUACGGACGAAUUUUGGGGAUUGCCAAAGUCUAAGGAACCUGAAAGAUUCCUUGGGAGAAUGGAACGCCGAGACGAAGAGAUCCAUUCGCACAAGAAAUGUGAUGAUGGGUGGCACACCAUCACAAUCGUUUGA